AUGUCCGAACGCGUCCGCGUCGCUAUCCUCGACGACUACCAGAACGUGGCGUUCAAGUUCGGGGACUGGUCCGGCAUACGGGACCGCCUCAUUAUCGAUUCCCUCCCAGACACGACGGCCGAUGAAGAUGUUCUGGCCAAGAGGUUGGAGCCCUACACGAUUGUAUGCGCGAUGCGGGAGCGCACUAAGUUCCGCGCGUCGCUGCUGGACCGCCUCCCGAACUUGCGUCUGAUUGCCACGACGGGGAUGCGCAACCUGGGGAUCGACGUCGCGUACGCGAAGACCAAAGGAGUGACUGUGGUGGGUACCGGAGGCAAAGGUGACUCGACGCUGGAGCACAUUUGGGCGAUUAUACUCGCGACGGUGCGACACAUCGUUGUAGAGGACGCGCGCACCAAGGCAAGCGCGGUGCCUUGGCAGAGCACCAUCCCGACGGGUCUAGGUGGAAAGACGUUGGGUCUGCUGGGUGUGGGCAGACUUGGCUCUGAGACCGGACGUAUUGCGAAGGCCUUCGGAAUGGAGGUCAUUGGAUGGUCCCCGAACCUCACGCCUGAGCGUGCAGCGAGUGCGGGGGUCACUUUUAUUCCCACCAAGGAGGAGCUGUUCCGAAGGAGCGAUGUCCUUUCCGUCCAGAUCGUGUUGUCGGAGAGGACGCACCACAUUAUCAAAGCUGCCGAUUUGGCCCUCCUGAAGCCCACCGCGUUCUUCAUCAACACGUCUCGGGGACCGCUCGUGGACGAGGCUGCGCUCAUCGAGGUGCUGAAGGAAAAGCGGAUUGCGGGGGCGGGGUUGGACGUCUUCGACGAAGAGCCUUUGCCGCUGGACCACCCGCUGAGAAAGCUGCCCAAUGUGACCAUAAGCCCCCACAUGGGCUAUGUGAGCGACGAGAAUUAUGGGCAGGCGUUCUGGAGUCAAACGGUCGAGAACAUCGCUGCCUUCUUGGAUGGACGCCCGACGCGCGUUAUGGGGUAG